UAUCUAUCAUUGCUGAGCGGAAUCGGCGCUUGGCCAUGGCAAUUCUGGCAGUCCCAGGAUGUUUUUACCCCCUGACCUUCUUGCUCACCUUUUUCGGCACCAACAUGGAAAGCCGUGGCAUUGGUGUGCUCUUAGCUACAGCUGUCACCGCAGCCUCCCUGUUCUGCGUAUCCUUGGCACAGUUCUUUGAGCUCGACACAGAGACGGUGGCCCUAAUUUUGCGCGCCGGCGUCUUUCACGUGAAUUUGCUCAUCGUGUUGGUCUCCAUUUGCUUGUGGAAGCCCAUGUCGUACUUCACCAGCUGGUGUACUGUGAUCCACGCGUUUCACUUCAGCACUUUUGAUUUGUCCACGGAUAGUUCUCACUGGAUCAGCUGUACUCACACUUUGUCCUUCACUGCAUCCUGUUUUGUCUACUUUGGAUUUUUCGUGGUGUCCAACAUCUACGGGGGUGGAGCGCCGAAAGACCUCCUGCCCUUUAUCGCACAUUCACCUCUUCUGCACAGCUUUUGUAUCGGUUGGAACCACAUCUGUCCACUCUGGUGUCACCUCAUCGACGGCUAUUUGAACUCAUCCAACUUGCAACGCAUCUACGGUCAAACCGGGGAUUCUCGUUGGAUCUUCCUGGGCAUCGCUGGGCUGUUUGCCAUCGGGCAGGUCUAUGAGUGGUUGGUGCCAAACCUGGUGGAAACCUACCAAGCUUCAAAGGUGUGGUACAGCCGCGCUCAUCACCUUGCAGCCAGCUGGCAGUUGGCCUCACCGCAGGACCUGCAACGAAGGCGUGCCACCCUGCUGCGGCUGGGCGAAGACUUCGUCUUCUCCUGGGCCGUCAAGCUGCCGGCCACGGCUAGCACCAUCCUGGUGUCUCUUCUCUAUGGACAAUGCGUCAUCCACCGAUCUCGCUGAAAAGUCGCGGUGGCUGCGGCGAUCGGAUCGGACGGUGGUUGCGAAAGUUGCGCUGAUCGUUCGAUGGUCCGAUGGUGUGAAA